AUGUCUGGGUUCCUUGAGCAUUCAUACAGCUUGGUCCACCAGGACAAUGCUGCGGACGUUCCCUCCGUGUCCGAUCUGCGGACCCAGCUCGAGAAGGGGACCGACGAUUCGAAGGUUGAGACCAUGAAGCGCAUUUUGACCAUCAUGCUCAAUGGUGACUCAAUGCCUUCUUUGCUUAUGCAUAUUAUACGCUUUGUUAUGCCCGCCAAGGACAAGCGACUCAAGAAGCUCCUCUACUUCUACUACGAGAUAUGCCCGAAGCUUGACGCUGGUGGCAAGCUCAAGCAGGAAAUGAUCUUGGUCUGCAAUGGCAUCAGAAACGAUCUCCAGCACCCGAACGAGUACAUUCGCGGCAACACCCUCCGCUUCCUCUGCAAGCUUCGCGAAGCUGAGCUUAUUGAGCCCCUCCUUUCUUCAGCCCGCUCAUGUCUGGAGCACCGGCAUGCUUAUGUCCGCAAGAACGCGGUCUUUGCUAUUUCUUCGAUCUUCUCCCACUCCCCAUCUCUGAUCCCCGAUGCUUCAGAACUUAUCGCGACUUUCCUAGAGAGCGAGACGGAUGCGACCUGCAAACGAAAUGCUUUUGCUGCGUUAGCCAGCAUCGAUCACGAUGCGGCUUUAAUCUACUUGAGCUCGGUAUUCGAGGGUAUUGCCAACGCUGAAGAGCUCCUUCAACUUGUAGAGCUGGAGUUCAUCCGCAAGGACGCAAUCCAAAACUCACAGAACAAGGCUCGUUAUCUUCGCUUGAUCUUUGACCUUCUCGAAGCGAGCGCAUCUACAGUUGUCUAUGAGGCUGCGUCGUCUCUUACUGCCCUAACCAACAACCCAGUCGCCGUCAAGGCUGCCGCCGCCAAGUUCAUCGAGCUGAGCAUCAAGGAGGCAGAUAACAACGUGAAACUCAUCGUCCUCGAUCGCGUCGAUCAACUGCGCAAGAAAAACCCCGGUGUCUUGGACGAUCUCACGAUGGAAAUCCUGCGUGCUCUAACGAGCACUGAUCUCGACGUCCGCAAAAAGGCCCUUGAGAUUGCGCUGCAGAUGGUGACCAGCAAGAACGUUGAAGAAGUGGUGCUACUUCUCAAGAAGGAGCUGUCAAAAACUGUGGACCAAGAAUACGAGAAGAACGCCGAGUAUCGAUCUCUCCUCAUUCAUUCUAUUCACCAAUGUGCUAUCAAAUUCUCGGAAGUUGCGGCCAGUGUUGUGGACCUUCUGAUGGACUUCAUCGCCGACUUCACGAAUGCGUCAGCGGUUGAUGUUAUCAACUUUGUCAAGGAAGUCGUGGAGAAGUUCCCCAAUUUGCGCCCUACUAUCGUUCAGCGGCUAGUAUCUACUCUCGACGAAGUACGCGCCGGAAAGGUUUAUCGUGGCAUUAUGUGGAUCAUUGGCGAAUAUUCUCUUGAAGAGAAAGAUAUCCGAGACGCGUGGAAGAGGAUCCGGUCCAGCCUUGGCGAGAUACCGAUUCUGGCUUCAGAGCAGCGACUUCUUGAAGACCACGGUUCUGAGGAGCAAGCAGACGACCAACCUAACGGCGGGUUCAAGCCUGCUGCUCCUAGCGGAUCUCGUAAGGUCCUUGCGGACGGUACGUACGCUACGGAAACUGCCCUCACCAGCCAGUCCUCAGCGGCGGCCAAGCUUGAAGCUGUUAAAGCGGCCCAGAAGCCCCCAUUGCGACAACUGAUUCUUGAUGGCGACUACUAUCUUGCUUCUGUUCUUUCAUCAACAUUGGUCAAACUCGUUCUGCGACAUUCUGAGCUCUCGUCGGACAAGGCUCGGACCAACGCUCUGCGUGCCGAGGCGAUGCUCAUCAUGAUCUCUAUUCUACGCGUGGGCCAAUCACAAUUCGUCAAAGCACCCAUUGAUGAGGACUCAGUUGACCGCAUCAUGUCUUGCGUUCGCUCUCUGGCUGAAUUUGAGAAGAAGAAGGAGCUUGAGAAUGUGUGGCUCAAGGACACUCGCAAGGCUUUCAACGCCAUGGUGCAAGUGGAGGAGAAGAAAAGGGCGGCAAGGGAGGCGCAUGAGAAGGCCAAGACAGCUGUGCAAGUUGAUGAUGUAGUAGACAUCAGGCAGCUGUCCAGGAAAAACGCCAGUGACGGCCUCGACGAGACCGAGGUUGACCUGGAGAGGGCGACAGGCGGCGAGUCAGCAACAGAAGACCUGUCUUCCAAGCUCAGCCGGGUUGUUCAGCUUACCGGAUUCUCCGAUCCUGUGUAUGCGGAAGCCUACGUCAAGGUGCACCAGUUUGACAUUGUACUCGAUGUCCUUUUGGUGAACCAGACCAUGGAGACACUCCAAAACCUGUCGGUCGAGUUCGCGACUCUCGGCGACCUCAAGGUGGUGGAGCGUGCCACUACCCAAAAUCUCGGGCCGCACGAUUUCCACAAUGUGCAGUGCACAAUCAAAGUAUCGUCGACUGACACUGGUGUCAUUUUUGGUAACGUCAUUUAUGAUGGUGCCCAUUCGACCGAUACCAAUGUUGUCAUUCUGAAUGAUCUUCACGUCGACAUCAUGGACUACAUCCAGCCCGCUUUCUGCACAGAAACCCAGUUCCGAACUAUGUGGACGGAAUUCGAGUGGGAGAACAAGGUGAACAUCAACUCCAAGGCGAAGACCCUCCGAGAGUUCCUGGAGCAACUCAUGGCGUGUACGAACAUGGAGUGUCUGACCCCUGAGGCAAGCCUCAAGGGUGAUUGCCAAUUCUUGAGUGCUAAUCUCUAUGCGCGGAGCGUAUUCGGCGAGGAUGCACUGGCGAACCUCAGCAUUGAAAAGGAGGGCGACGACGGCCCUGUUACUGGUUUCGUCCGGAUAAGAAGCAGGUCGCAGGGCCUGGCGCUCAGCCUAGGGUCAUUGAAAGGGCUGAAUAAGAUUGGGUCCUCUGCUUAG